AUACAAUAAAUGUCUUAAAAUUCUAUUUCUGACAACUUAUAUGUAGAUUUUGAAAUCUGACGUUACUAUAACGAAGGACAAAAUACCGUUUGUUUAUAUAAAAUAGUGUAUAUGGACAUUUUGAAGUUUGUUUGUUUUUUGUUGAAACUCCAAAAUGCUGGAGCGGCAACAUUCUAUUGGACAAACAUCACCUAAACACACGCCUAACAGGAAUCAUAUCAACAGACACAGUUGUUUACAGAGACAAAAAUCCCGACGUCUGUUUCAGAAACAGCGAACGUCCGUCUGUCUGUUCAGUAGUAAGCCAGCAGACGACACUUUAAACAAUAACGGAGAGAAAGUGGUCAGUGCGAAGUUACGUCGUAUGCUAUUGAAGCAUACAAAAUUUGGAUUUAUUGAGAGCUUCCAGAACUUGACAGUAAAACAGGUGUGUGAUACCGAUUGUCGUGUUAAAGGUGAAAGUGAUCAGCUCGUGCAAAAUUACCCCAUGCCCGACAAUCUCGUGUUCGAUUCCCAGAUUUCAGCAAAGAUCAUCAACAAGGAGGAGUUUGAGCUUGGUCGUGUGCUGGGUGCAGGAGGGUUCGGAUCUGUGUACCUUGGUUCCUUCAAGAGACAGACGGUCGCAAUCAAAGUAAUGCAUAAAUACACCAAAAAUCCGGCGGCACAGCUUGAAAGUUUUAGGGCAGAAUUACACGUGAUGCGCUUUAACCAUCCGAACAUUGUGAAAACACUUGCUGCCACACACAUUGACCAGUUUGAUGAUGGCGCGUGGGUUGUCAUGGAAUAUAUCGGCAAAUCCAGUCUACAGGGUAUCAUAAACGACCAUUCUGAACCAUUUGACUCUGACAGGAGGCUGAAAUACUCGAUCCAAGUCGCCAGUGCCUUGGCAUACGCACACAAGAACAAAGUUGCCCAUCUAGACCUGAAACCUGCCAACAUCCUCAUUACAUCAACAGACGACUGCAAAGUGGGCGACUUCGGCUGCUCUCAAAGAGUUGAGUUCGACACCGGAAUUGUCAGUCCAACAAAUCGCUCAAUUCUUACAGGGACAUUUGCAUACCGGGCACCCGAGUUGCUCCGCGGAGAACCGCCCACUUUUAAAGCGGAUGUCUAUUCGUACGGAAUUACGAUGUGGCAAAUGAAGAGUCGUGAAACUCCGUUCACCAACCAAAAUCAGCACGUUGUGAUCUUCGGAGUUGUUGCCAAUGGUCUAAGACCAAAAGAUCCCGAACCGUCAGAGACUGACCCAUUUGAACUUAGCUACAAAGAUUUAUACUCGCAGUGCUGGAAUGCGUGUCCGCUUGAUCGUCCGUCUGCACAGGAACUUGUUGAGCUGUUAAACAUUUGGAAAGAAAAUUUAUGAAAACUGAAAUUCAGCUAUUACUUUACAAACACUGAUUGACGCUAGACAUGGGCGCAGAAAAACCCCUAACAGACCUGUGCCUCAGUGAAUAUAUUGACAUUCUAUUGAAUGCUUAUAAAAGUGACACCAGUUUUGUUAUGAUGUACAUAACCGUGUCUUUCUUUUUCUAGUGUAUAUAAGAGACCUAUGUACAGUUAUAAUGUUAUACAAAUUGGCAAAUUUGACUUGUUUUCUUAUGUACAGUUCUAUUGUUAUACAUAACUUUAUACGUUAUAACAUGGGCGCAAAAAGAAACUUUUGUUAAAAGACCUGUACCUCAGUGAAUAUAUUGACAUUCUAUUGAAUGCUUAUAAAACUGACACCAGUUUUGUCAUGAUAUGGCAUAGCAGUGCUUUUGUUUUUCUAGUGUAUACAAGAGACCUAUGUACAAUUAUAAUGUUAUACAAAUUGGCAUUUGACUUGUUUUCUUAUGUACAGUUCUAUUGUUAUACAUAACUUUAUAUGUUUGUUUUUCGUUUUCCCAAUAAUGCAGUAUACACGUUUUUACAUAGAUAUACGGCAAUUUACAUGUUUGUACAUAAACACAUGUUUAUACAUAGAUACAUGGUUACACAUAGAUGUACGGUAAUUUACAUGUUUAUACAUAAGUGCAUGUUUACACAUAGAUUGAUGUUUAUACAUAGAUAUACGGUAAUUUACAUGUUUAUACAUAACUACAUGUUUAUAUAUAACUACAUGUUUAUACACAAGUACAUGUUUAUACAUAAAUAUACAGUUAUUUACAUGUUUAUACGUAAGUACAUGUUUAUACAUAAAUACAUGUUUAUACUUAGAUGUGUACAGUCAUAUACAUGUUUAUACAUAUUUUUUUCUUUUGAUUGCUCAGAUGCGUCGUAUACAUAUAUUUACACAUAAAGUGAAAAUAUAUCAUGAUUUGUACAUAUUUCUAUACAUAUAUAUUUUGAUAUACCAUCGUUUACAUACAUGCAGUUAUACAUUUUUACAUUUGUUGAAAUAAAUAAAUUUAAAGCAUCACUUAUAUUUCUUUCCAUGCAGAACCAUUAUAAAUAUUAAAAUUGAUAAUGAUGUUAGUUAUAACACGCUGGCGGUCAAGAAGUUCCAAGAAGUUUACAAACGUAUGUUUACAUAUGAUAAAAUAUAUUUGUAAUAUAUGUAUUAUUGUCAAUACAUAGUCUGAUUUGAUGUAAUAAUUUUGAGAUAACAAUGACUUUGCGGACGACCACACAAUAUAUAUAGAGUUUACAAUAUUUCCACAAACUGAACUAUUACGUCAGGCUAUUUGAUUUAAAACAGUGAUAUACACGUGCAUCGUACUGCCUCAUCAAUUUUCUGUAUGUACAUCAUCAUGAUUAGUACAACUUUUAGAACUGUCGAAUGCAGUGAAUGUAAAACUUAAUUUUCAUAAUAUCAUGAAUGAGAAUAAUAGAAGAAACGUAGUGAAUCAAAAUUGUUAGAAAAACAUUUUCUUUUCAUCCUUUUAGUUUUUGUUACCGAAAAUAAUGUUUUAUAUUGCAUGUCACAGACAUGAUUAUUUACUUUAAGGCA